UUAUUUUGUACUGAAACCACGUGAAAGCGACUCAAGAUCAAGGCCAAGACCAGCGUGUACAACAGCAGCAGCUGGCUCUGUGACACCAGCAACACUGUGCCAGGGCGCAGAACUACGAGCAUCCGUCGCCUGCAGCUGCGUGUAACAGUGCCGCAGGGUUCUUGACAGACAGGCGGACGGGCGGCCAAACAGACAAACAGCCAGCCAAACAAACAGGUGACCAGACAGACAGGCAGCCAGACAGACAGACAAGAUGCGGCAGGAAGCACAAGCCAUCGUCCUCGCCGCUGGGCCUGGAAUGAGGAUGACCUCUCUCACUAGCCAUACCCCCAAGUGCCUGCUGCCCCUGGGGACGCUGCCCAUGCUGUGCUACCCCCUGCACCUCCUCCAGCAGGCCGGAUUCUCAGAGGUGAGCGUGGUGGUGAGUGAGGGACAGGAGCAGCGUGUGGGCAAGAUGGUGGAGCAGUACGGCCUGAAGGUGGACCUGGAUGUGGCGGUGGUCAGCACGGCACAUGACCCAGGCACUGCGGACUCCCUGCGUCAGAUUGCCUCGAAGAUAAAGAGGAGUGUGGAGGAGGUGGUGGUGAUCUCGAGUGACCUGGUGACGGAUGUGGCGCUGCAGGAUGUCUUGGAUCAGCACAGGAGCCGGGGUGCUGACCUCACUAUGCUGACCUCCCCCACCCCCUCCCUGCAGACAACUCCCCCGGGGCCCAAGAGCAAGACACACCUCAACAGCGACAUCAUCUGCACAGAGGCAGGGUCAGGCCGGCUGGUGUAUGCGGUGGCAGGGGGUGACUAUGAUGAGUGUGUGACCCUGCAGAGCUCCUUACUGAAUUGUGCUGCCCCCCUGCUCCUCUCUGCCUCCACCCAGGACGCUCAUCUCUACGUCAUGAAACGUUGGCUGUUCGACUAUGUUCUCAAUAAGGAGUCUCCUUGUGCUGACAUGGGCUCCCUCAAGGCGGAGAUCCUGCCCCACAUUGUAUCCUGCCAGUUCACUGACCACAGCAGCAAUGACAAGCUUGGGUUGUCAGGGGCUGUAGAGAGAGAGGAGUGGGAUGACCUGGUGAAGAAGUACAACAGCAGUGUGGUCCCCUCCCGCCACCACAGCCUGGCACACCUGCAGCCCCCCGUGUGCCUCACCUUCCACCACCCCGGCCUGUGUGUGCGUGCCAACACCCUGCACACCUACUGGCACCUCAACCGCAAGAUUAAUGAGCUGUUCAACCAGGUGUACCCCAACUCAGAGUGGCAGCUGAGGCAUCCGACAGCUGUGAUCAUUGAGCGCGCACAGGUGAGCGAGGACAGCGUGGUGGGUGGUGGCACUAUGGUGUGUGAGAAGACCAACAUUGCCAGCAGUGUGGUGGGGAAGCACUGCCGCAUCAACCCCCUGGUGCGCCUUUCUUCCUCUGUGCUGGGGGACCAUGUCACUCUGGCCUCGGGGUGCGUGAUAGAGAACAGCCUGAUUCUGGCCAGCGUGGAGAGGAAGUGUGUCAUCAAGAACUGCAUCGUGACAGACUCCAACAAGAUAGAGGAAGGCAAGACCUACAGCGGGGAGGUGCUGGAGGCCACCCAGGACUUUGCCUAGCCUCUGCUGCUGCCCUGACCAUGCAAGUGUGUUUUAGUCACCAUCUAUCUGCUCUGUUCUCUUCCAAGAUUUGAUUGAAAGGGAGACUCAAAUAUGGGUUCCUGGGAAAUGCUGAGAUGAUGCGGAAGUGUGUUUUUAGUAAAGAAUUAUAAAUGUU